AUGGCCGCAUCCGAAACCUCUGACGAGUCCGAAUCGUCUGACACGACCGAUGACACGACAAUAUCCUUGACCAACCAAGAGCAUGCUAUCCUCCGCUCCUUGGGCUACACACAACACCACGUUGACUACUACUCCAACAUCCUCUCUACCAAAGACUCGCUUUUAGCCGUACGUCUACUCACAGCCACCCACGACCCUCCCUUCUUCGUCUAUCGUGGCUUGCUCGCCCGAAAACACAUCCGUCCUGAAGCUCUUGGUCUUCUUUUGGAAAACUUGCCCUCCUGGAAUCCCGAUACUCCCAACUUAUGCGAAGCUCUUGUGCUUCCAGUCUUCAAGAGCUUGUUGUAUCAUUGCCGACGCGUCUGGCCUGCUACUAUUCCCCUCGUGGCUACUUGGCUGACCCAGCAACUCCGUUUGUCUGAUGAUUUCCUCGCCCGUUUCCAAGAGUCAGCCAUGGAAGAAGGCGACUUCACUUCCGUCUCGCACUUGACUUCGCAAUACAACCACGCCCUCCAUUUGCUUUCUCAACCUUCACACAUCUCUCCUUUCAAGAACAUCGUCUUUCAAGAGGCUGCUCAAGCCAUCAUACUCAAGUACAUGGCUGACCAUACUCCUGCUCUUGCCAUCAAUCGCGUGGGCUAUCGCGCUGUCGUGCGCGUUCAGCUGGCCACCAAAAAGACCCCUUCUGAACGAGAAUGGGCCAGGCUCAAAUCUCCCUCCUGGCCUCCCUGGAAAGAAGAUCGCACCGGCAUGGACGCCCGUAUCGAUCUCGACUAUGGUAUCAGUCGUGCUCACCAAGUCUUGAUCAGAAUGCAGGAGGCUGGCUAUCCGCUCCAAGGAUGGGACCAGGUCGCCAUGCUAUAUGCAGGCUGGGACACGGAUCGCAGUCCCACAAUUCAGAAGAGAAUAUUCCUUGACAAUUUGCCUGAGGAUCGUAUUGAGAAAAGCCUUUGGAUGGCUCGUAUCAAGACGACUCGCACAGCUCAGCAAGCUUGGGCCUGUUUCUUGGCUUAUCAGGAUGAGAAUCUUCCUUCUGACCACCGCAUCUAUCAUGCCAUGUUCGAAAUCUUGAUACAGGAGCGCAAAAGGAUUCGACUCGGCGCCGAAAACGUUGGUCAUGAAAUCGAUGAUAACGAUGAUCUGGAUCCUUUGUAUCCGGGCGACACCAUGGAGAUUGGUUCGCCUCCGUCAUCUGCUCAUCAAUUGACAUAUAUUCGUGCCGAAAUACCUUCAGUUCAGCAGCUCUAUGAUCACAUGCGCGAGGAUGGAAAUUAUCCUUCCGAUGAUACUCUAAUUAUGCUUUUAGACAGUGCUGAGACUCUUGCAGAAGGCUUGCUGUAUCUCGAGACCGGCACUGGAAAGUAUCGCAUUGCUGUUAGUGCCCUCCUACACGGAUCGAAGGAUUACCAGGCUUUGCACGUUUUGCCUGAUCAAAUCUUCGCGGCCUAUAUACGCCUUCUCUGCCGCUUUCCACACAGUCCACUUGACAGAGAAUUGACACUGCAAUGGAGAUAUGGUACCAUCGUAAAAUCAAACUUCGACCUCCGACAACCUCUAGCCCGGGCUCUCUAUCUGCUUGUUCAGCAGAAACGGACACAUCGUCCAUCCUGGAAUUCUGUGUUCGAUGCAUUGGCUCGCAGAUCUGCGCCAGCCUUGGCUUCGAGCUGGCGAUCCCUACAUCUUCGAGGCAACGAGUCUUUGAGAGAGGAGAGUGAGCUGUACGACAAGAUUUUCGCAUUCAACCUUGCCCGUCAGAUUGAUGAGACCAUGUGGGAGAAUGAUCUCACACUAGAUGAGGAUGGCUUCCAAAGCAUCUGCAUCAUCGCUGAGCAUGCAGCCAGCGCGGUCCACACUGUUUUUCAGAAACACGGAUACGACCCAGAGUUCGCUCCCAAAGCCAACACUGGCCUGAUCAGGAAUGCAAACACAAUGUUUCAAGAUGGCCACGACUGGUUGAAAGAACAAUUCUGGACCUUGACUCAGGGUGAGAAGGGGUUUAGAUCAAGUCUACGGAAAGCAGUAAAUCCUAAAGUCAAGCUGCCUCGACUGUACACUGUCCCUCGCCCAGCCCUACUGCACGCCUACAUUCGCGCUCUGGGCAUGUUGCGCGACUUCGAUGGUCUGUACGACUUGGUUCGAUGGAUGACUAGACAUCGAAAGGAACUUACCAAGCGUUGUGCUAUGGAUCGUAGGGGUCGGAUUUUGAUGCGAAGAGCACUGAUUGCUUUACGUGUGUUCGUAGAAGAUCGAUGGGAGCCUCCAAGACCUGACCUUGAGGAAGAACAAAUUCCUCCUUUCGCAUCACCCGAGCAGAUCGAGAAGAUCAAGAGGAUUGUUGGAUGGCUGAAGCAAUGGGGCGGCUGGCCGUCAGACGAAGAGGUUGAGAUGUACGUUGAGUAUGGUCGAGAAGGUGGUUGA